UCUUGGCUCUUGUCUUGCUGAGGCUCUUUGAUUCAGUGGCAGAGGCUGAGACGAGCCCGUUACCGGCCACCGCUCCCCCGUCUAACUACGAGCUUCAAGAUCAACAGCUCGCAGCAAAGAGAAGACAGAUCUCCCAGGAGGACAUCGGCUCUUUACGCGUCUCUGCAGCAGAAAAUCAAAAAAAGAAAAAGAAAAAAAAAGGAGAGAGAGAGAGAGAGAGAGAAGGGACAUUUGCCCAAAGCGAAACUUUUCCCCCCCAAGAAGACCGGCUCUGCUCUGGGUGACAAAGUCAGAAGAUGCCUCCUUGUGCGUGUGAUGAGCAGUCAAAGUCCGUCAGUCAGCGCUUGGCACACGAAGGAGUAGCUGCGAUGGAGAAAGCCGCCAGUCGGUAAAAAGAAGAGUGACGCUCCGAGAGGCAGAUCCGUCAGAAGAGAGUGGAGGCCGAAGAACAAACACCAGCGCGUCCUCAAAUGAUGGGGAUACAGCACCUUCUGCUUCUUUUGAUUUACUUAGACCCGCUGAAUGUCCUGUGCGCCGCCACCGCCAAUAAAAAGAGCAAAAACGCGCCGAAGAGGACCUCAAAGGUGAAGGAGGUCAACGGCAGCACCACUGCGGUCCCGCUGGCCGCGGUCGUCCCGGGGAGGAUCACGCAGGUCCAGGCGCCCUCGGUGCAGCACGACACCUGCCUGGGCUACUACGACGUGAGCGGCCAGUACGACAAAGAGUUCUCCUGCAACAACACCGACCACCGCUUCUGCUGCGGCAGCUGCUUCCUGCGCUUCUGCUGCGCGGACCGGGGGAAGCGGCUGGAGCAGAAGAGCUGCACCAACUACAACACACCGGACUGGAUCAAAACCCAGCCCCCGUCACCGGCGCCGACAGGUGACACGUACGACCCGGAGCUGGACCAGACCAACACCACGGUGUACAUCAGCUGCGGGGUCGUUGCGCUCAUCAUCGCCAUUGGGAUUUCUGCUAAAGUUGCCUACGAUAAAGCCACCAAGCCGCCUCAGGAAAUGAAUGUACACAGAGCGUUGGCAGACAUUCUGAGGCAACAGGGACCGGUUCCAAUAUCUCAGUACGAACAUGAAAACAUCGCAGCGAUUGAUGGGUCGCCCAAAGACGAGACGCCGGUCAGAACCUCCAAGAAUCAUUACACACCUGUUCACGGCAAGACAUCAAACCACGGUCACUAUGGGAAGGAAAACAUGCGCAGCGGAGGCCAGGACAUGCACAACUUCAUCUCCUCCGGCUUUGUGACACUCGGACGCGGCCACUUGAAAGCGCAGCACUCCAUCGACGAAUCGGGGCAGAUGUCCUGGCAGGGCGAUCUGGACAUCCCCAUCUCCUACGGAGCGACAGACAGCAGCCUGAAUCCCUGCGUGGAUUCCAGUCAUGCACUGCCCGCUUGGAUUUCAUCUCUAAGCAGUCACAACCCCCUGCGAACCCCACAGACUGAUGCGUCUGGCACCCGGAAUGAACAGAAAACAGCAAGAGGAAACCACCACCAUGAGUACCAGCACAGCCACCUGGAUCUGACGGCGCUCACACCUAAACUGGCCCACAGACAAAUGAGAUACGAGAGACCCCAGCGGAUGAACAACAUCCUGACCUCAGCCACGGAGCCGUACGACCUGUCCCUGUCCAGAUCCUUCCAGAACCUCAGCCAUCUGCCGCCCUCCUACGAGCUGGCCCUCAAGUCUGACUUAAGUGAUAAGGACAUCGAUGAGUAUUACGCGAGGAAGCAUCAUCAUCAGGACUUCGGCGGCCAGGGGACGACCCACAUGGUGAAGCUGAACGCGGAUCCCCAUCAGCACCAGCAGCGGCAGCGUCCCCGCCGAGUCCAGAGGGCCAUGUCCCAGGACCACGUCCUGUCUCCUCCCAGGACGCCACGGCGCGGGGACUACGGCCUAUCUUCAUACGGCGUCAUGGCAGCCAACGCGUACAGCAGCAGCCGCCACCUCUCAGAGGAGCAGCUGCUGUCAGCGGACCGCCUCCACUCCCAGGAUCCCUUGCUGCUGUCUCCGGCAAUGAGGCGCGACAAGUUCCGGGAGAAGGCGAUGGCGCGGGCGAUGUCUCACGCCGACAUGCUGAUGCCGGUCACGCCUGUCAUGGACCGCCACAAGAUAGCCAAGAUGCACUCGCAGCCCAGUGCCUCUAGCGACUCCUACAACACGCUGACGGUCAACCACGGUCAAAUGACCACGUCUAAGAGGCAGGCGUUCGCCUCCCGACGAACUCACACGGUGGACCACCUACAGUACAUUCCCGGCCACCACCACACAUACCGCACUGCCAGUAAGAACGAGGUAACUGUUUAACCUGCGGGGUGGUCAGCUGAAGGAUUCCAGAGACUCACCGCGGACGGUCAACAGAAAUCAGCAAGUCCCCUCAGCGGAGGUGUUUCUGUCAUCUUCUUAAAGAAAAAAAGAAAAAAAACAACAAAAAACAACCUCCUACAUUUAAAAAAAAAAAAAAAAAACAACUCUUCCUGCUUUUUAGCACAAGCUUCCCGUGUCACCCAGAUUCAAACCCCGGCAAAGACGUUUUCUCUGUUAGAGCAUCAUAAGGGCUUUGCGCGUUGACACAAAGAGGGAUCCUUCAUGUCAGACGUUCAACAGCGUGAGGACAUAUUUUUUAAACUGGACAUGGGACUGGAAGGGAAUUGUAUCAACUUUAUAAAUAUAUAAAUACACUAUAUUUACUAUUUGUAUUUUCAGUCCUUGUUAUAGCUUUAGAGAUUCUCAUUGACUGAUGUAAGCACUUCAAGUGGUGCCUCUUAAAAAGCGUCCCAUUUCAACGAUGAAGUGGAUUUGUGGGUUAAAAAGCACAAUUAAUGAAUUCCCUUUUUUAAAUUUUAUUUCACUCUUCUUCUUCUUUGGUAAACGGCCAGAACAUAUCAGCUUAUUAGUGAGAACAGAGGCUAUUUCUGUUGCGUACAAUAGAUGAUUGUAAAUAGGCUAUAUUAGCAGCAUUUAAACAAGAGAAGCUGGCCCUUUUUUGGCGUUACGUUUUGUUUUUGUUUUGUUUUUUUUCUCUCCCACCUGGAAUCUAUCACGGAUUCCUCAAUUAGUAAUUUUAAUUUUAGAUAAGGUCCCACGUUGAUAUUAUUUCCACAGAUGUCUGCAAAAUAUGUGGAUGUAAUAUGUAUAUGGGGAGUAUUUUUUUCUUUUUUUUUAAAAAAAAAACUGUGCUUGUAGCAUAGAAUGAUUGUGUAUGAAACCACCGUCGAUUGGCAGCUUCAGUCUAAAUCCACAGGUGAAAACUGGAGCCUGAUGAUCGCCUGAAUUUGCUUAAUUUCUCGUUCAUUUCCUUGCUUUGUCAUCUGCGAGGGUGACCCUCCCACCGUGCUCGGGUAGUGAUCGGCCAGCUGCUUCCAUCUCUACGUAUCAGGUACUCUGGGGAGCGUUUAGGUGGAGUCGUAGUUUCGUGUCGAUGUGUUGACAGAAACAAUCAGUGUUAGAAAGGACGUCAUAGUCGCUCGUCAAUCAAGCAUUAAUCAAAAAAAAAAAACUGUGAACUGUUUUUGUCCGGAUGUUUUCAUUAAAGCAAUGCCUUACUGUAUGGAUUCCCAUAUGCUCUUGAUUGAACAAUCACGCUUUUGUCACAUGUCUCGUUUGUCUUACGCUUUUUGUGCGAUAUUAUUGGUUUGUAAUUUACCAGCAGUUUAAACCUGUACAGUGAUAGACGAUGCAGAUGAUGCAGUACGUUAUACCUCAAAAAAGACUAAAUUCAAUUGAAAGAGUGUCAAACUUUUUAAAGGAGAAACAAUCAGAAUAUUUGAUAUUAGAGGGUAUUUCUAUUCGAGAACUGUUAGUAUACAGUGCUUUUGAUUUCAGCUGUUUCAGUCAGAUGAACUGCAGAGUCGAAGUCUUUAAGGGUUCAUCUAGUUCCCAGAAUUCAAGACAGGAGUUGUGACUGGUUUUCGGAGUUGUUGCCAGUCUAACCGGGUCAGUUCGGGUCCCGCUGGAUUUGUACGGUCUCUGGACUCAUUACCGACACGUCCCAACACCGUUUGACCCGAGAAGAGUUCCAAUUCUGAAAUUGUCGCAAUUUGGUUCAGUUUAGUCAACAAAAUGACCUGUAUAGGUUUAGUGUUAAAACAAGAAUGUUACAUAAGUAAGCUUUCGUUACGGACCUUGUUACGUUAACCAUACGUAACACUUACUGAUUUUAAUCUCACAUGGUACAUGAAGAGCAGACCGCUGGUUGAAAACCCUGUUUUUGAACCAUCCAUCCUCCCAUACCUCCUCCAAAAGUGGACUUUUGUAGCUCUUUAUAGUAAUAACGUCCUCCUUUGCUCCUGUCAUAAUUACUGCAGCCACUAGAGGUCACCAUUCAACAAGAAACACACAAAUGGACUGUUAUACAUUGUUUGCAAAGACAACUUAUUUUUUGCGAAUAAAGUUCUGUAUCAUACCUUGUAUCACUCGUUUCAACUGCUAAUUAGGAGUUAGGAGAUGUUAGUCUUUUUAUUUAAAGUCUCAAGUCUUGACUAUAAGUCCAAAUUUAAGUCAGGAAGCUGAAGUCCAAAGUCAACUCCCAAGUCAGGACAAUUUGGACCCAAACAAGCCAUGAGUGAAAACUGAAGCCAACGCAGAGGUUCCAGAAAUGGCCACUGAGUCAAUCCCUACAGAUCCCUCAUAUUAAAAUGCCUUGUACAAGAAACGUUUUGUUCAUGACAACUGCAGGCCCGUCUCAGCUUCUCCGCUCCGAAACCAACAGCCUGAGCCGCCACGUGUAGAGCCUCACAAUGGCUUUCCAAAAGAACCUGUGGGUGAGACCAUUCAGACUACAUCCAUGUUUUAUACAGUCUAUGGUCCCAACCCAGUUGAAGACCCAUGAAUCAAUGUGGUCUGGGUGGAUUUCCCGCAGGUCCAUUUCCAUUCAUGUCCACCAUAACGACCUAAACUAAGUCCAAAGGCCUUAAUAUGGAAGUUUAAACAGUUUGAGGGUCAAAAACAGUCGGACGAGAAGCCUUUAUAUUUUGUAAACGUGCACUAUCCACUCCCAAAAUGCCAAGAAUUAUUAAAUUGUGGGUAUCGAUCACUGAUAACAUUAAUCAGACUGCAGCUUGACAUCAGUUGUACGCUUCUGUAUGUAAAGACUUGAUUUUUGUUUUUUGUUUUUUUAAUGGCAGAUGUCUCGUUACACAUAAAUCUGUCCUGAUAUUGAAAUGCGCUCAUGUCUCUUAAAAUUGAUGUGCUGCUUUUCUUUUUUUUUUUUAUGUCAGGUUUGUAUUAAAUGAUGUCAAUUAAAAAUGGUAUUUUUUUUUUGUUUUUCCCCAAAUUAUUGUCAUUGUACAUAUGAUUUUUUUUGUUGUUGUUGUUCUUUAUCUUGGAGAGUGUUUGCAGGUUAUGUAAGUAUAUUUGAUAGCUAUGGCUGCGGGUGGAGUAGACCGCUUCAGACAGAUAUCUGUACCGUUUCACCUCGCUCAGAAAUCGCUCCUUCUUUUCACUUAAUUAAUAAUGAUGUCAUCCCGAGAGCCUUUUUCUCUAUGUGCAAUAUUUCCUGUUCAUGCAGCAUAACUCUAUAGCCACUUGCUCUUUUUUGAAAAAUGUCGUGAGGUUCAUUUGCUGCCAUAAAGGCUCUGUUGUCCUUUAUUUAUUUAGGACUGUUGUCUUUCAUAGUCAAAGAGGAGGGUUUUUUUUUGUGUUUUUUUUUAACAUAAUACAGCUCAAUGUUGUAUGAAUGGUGGAAAAAAGGUGUCUGUGUAACUGCACAAAUAACUGGA